AUGAACUCUAGUGUAUUGGCCUGGAACUAUGCUGUGUCAGGCACUGAGCUUAACUCUAAGGUUGUUUCAGUGCCUUCAGUUGCCACACCGAUGGCACCAGUUCAGAAAUUGCCCAUGAUAAGGGCCCAACAGGUUAAAAUUUCUGACUCGAAUGAGUCGGGAAGAAGAGCAGCACUUCUUGGCCUUGGUGCAGCCCUUUUGACUGCUGCAGUUUCCACCUCCUCUGCCAAUGCCAGCAUCAUUGAUGAAUACAUCGAAAAAAGCAAGGCCAACAAGGAACUGAAUGACAAGAAGAGGCUGGCCACCAGUGGCGCCAACUUUGCUCGGGCAUUCACAGUUCAGUUUGGCACUUGCAAGUUCCCUGAAAACUUCACUGGGUGCCAAGAUCUUGCCAAACAGAAGAAAGUGCCAUUCAUUUCUGAUGACUUGGAGUUGGAAUGCAAAGGGAAGGACAAAUACAAGUGUGGUUCGAACGUGUUCUGGAAAUGGUGA